UCCUCCUGCAUAUUUUUUCUAGAACCUGUGAAUUGCACGGUGAAUUGAGUCGGAAAUAAGACUGAUUUUCACCCUCAGUUUAGUAUCUUUUGAAAGCCGAGCGGGUGAAGUGAGUACAGAUAUGUCGCACACAAUUUUGCUUGUUCAACCAACCAAGAGACCAGAGGGCCGCACUUACGCCGACUACGAGUCAGUGAAUGAAUGCAUGGAAGGCGUUUGCAAAAUGUAUGAGGAGCAUCUGAAGAGGAUGAAUCCCAACAGUCCAUCCAUUACAUACGACAUCAGUCAGUUGUUUGACUUCAUUGACGACUUGGCAGAUCUGAGCUGUCUUGUGUACAGAGCUGACACUCAAACAUACCAACCGUACAACAAAGACUGGAUUAAGGAAAAGAUAUACGUCCUGCUGCGGCGUCAGGCUCAACAAGCGGCAAAGUAAAGGCGUAUUUGACAUGUUGUCUUGCUACACGCUUGAAGAGUUAACAUUUCUGUACAAAAACAGCAGAACAGAUCAGUGUAAAAGGACAACAUUGUCAGAUUGAAGAGAGGGAUUUCAUUUUUUACUACAAACACGUCGUCUACACAUUGGUAUGGUUUGGAAAAGGGUGUGUUGAGAAAUUUGGGGAUUUUUAUUGACUCUGCGUUACGUUUGUCAGCAUCUUAUUCUCAUAGUUUUCUAAAUUGUUACAAUGUGAGAUGGAAGAGUAUCAGUCCAAGGAUGAACAUCUGUGAAACAUUUUACAAUUUGGUUUAAUGAAAAAUUUAAACUUUUUUUUCUUCUUCUUUAUUGGCUCUGUUGUGUGUUUUGAUUGCAGCAAAUUUAUUUUAGAACUAGUGGAAAUUGAUGCCAACAUCCAGAAGGUAAAAAUGUCCACGUUAUUUUUAUUUUUGGCUACAUACCUGCUGUUAAAGUAGAUUUUUUUUUUAAAUUAAUUUUAUGUUAUGUCUGAUUUGAACUCUUGUUGUAUUUGAGUUUCAAUAAAAUGUUUUUUUUUUUCUGACUGGUCUCCUUUUAGGUGUACGAUUAUUACAGCUUUUUUGUUUUUUGUGCAGGUUUGUUUCAUGUAGAAAAAACUGGGUAAAUAAAAUCUACUUCUGAUUUUA